UCUCUCUCAAAAUAAAAACAAUUUUGUCAAAAUUUUCUCAAUUGAGACAAUUUUACUCCCAAUGUUUUGACUUUUACACUAAUCAAGUGAUUGAUUUUACAAUAAUCAGUUAAUCAUGUCAUCAACGGUUCUGCCAGUGGUUCGUAAUUUGUUAAAGAGGAGAGUUGAGAAUGGCAACUUUGAUAAGAUAUUAGAAAAGGUUACUAUUGUCAAGGCGGGUGGAGGAAAUUUAACCGCCGAGGUUGUUAUCGACAAGGAACACUCGAACCGAAGUGGUGGACUUCAUGGUGCAUUUAUCGCUACUCUAGUCGAUGUUAUGUCGACUUUGGCUUUGGCCUCAUCGGAGGUCGAACUGAUUUCUGGGGAUGUAGCUGAUUUCUCAGAAUCAGCCUCAGCUUCCGUCGCUUUAAAUGUCACCUACAUUCGUCCGAUGACCAUUGGUCAAACCUUACUAAUCGAGUGUAGUACAUUGAAUCGAGGACGAACCAUGGCCUAUUUGAAUGUCGAUCUGCUUAAUAAGGACGAGGGCAAAUUAAUUGCUCGAGGAACUCAUUCAAAAAUGUUAUUUAAUAAGUCAAAAUGAUCAAAGUAUUAGUGUAAUUAUGAUCAACUUGUUCAGGCUGAGUUAAUUGUCCACUGAUUAGAUGAUGAUCAAGGAAGUUAUUUCAUUCAAUUUGAAUGUGAAUCAAUUAAUUGCUAGUGAAGUUUUCACAAGAGCAAUUCAAAUUGUCUUGAAAAUAUUAUAUUAAUAAGUGUUUUAAUUACCUUGAUAUCGUAAUUGUAGUUUUAAAAUGCGUUUAUAUUACAAUUUAUAUUCUGUAAUCAAAUGAAAAUAAUUUAAUAAACAGAUUAAAGUCUCGACAAUUGAGGAAAAUGUAAA